GCCUAACAUCCUGUAAAUGCAGCCAAAUGUUUGGCUAACUGCUUCAGAAGUGAAACCGUAAUGCGUGAACAGGGCUGGAUCAUUGCGGUUAACUGCAGACGCGGCAGUGCGGAAGUUCUUUGUUCCAAGCGGCGGACUCAGCCCCUGCAACACUUAACUUUCGGGGUAAUUUAAAUAAAUGUUGGGUUAACACGGACAUUCUACGUCAACUUCACACACUUGCUGUUCAUCGUUACAGGGCUAUAAUUUCUUAGAAGAUGCCAAGACCAAACCACAGUGACUAUGUUCUCCUACAGCUACACAGUCAGAGAGAAUGGGGGUUUCUAUGUGACUGUUGCAUUGCAAUUAAUGAUAUUUAUUUCCGUGCCCACAAGGCAGUGUUGGCUGCUUGCAGCUCUUAUUUUAGGAUGAUAUUCAUAAACCAUCAGCACAUAACGGAGCAGCUCAAUCUAAGUAAUAUGAAAAUAAGUGCAGAAUAUUUUGACCUUAUUUUACAGUUUAUGUAUCUCGGAAAAAUAAUGACAGCACCUUCAAACUUUGAGGAAUUCAAAGCUGCAAUGGCUUACUUACAACUGUAUUACAUUCCUGAAUCCCUAGAUGAAAUAAGAGAUACAGACAGUACUAAUAUAAAGUAUUUCUCUUCAUUUUUAAGUAAUCUUAGUAACAAAAUGAUAUUUGGUGUGCGAAUGUAUGAGGACAAAAGGACAGUAAAUGUAGAGGGCACAAGUAGAUGGUGUCCAGAGCAAAGUCUCAUGGUAAAAGCUGUGUCAAGCCAAGAACCAGAGGAAGCAGUUUUACAUGCUGGGAAAUUUCAUGAUCAACCUUAUGAUUUAUGUAAAAAGCAUAGUGGGCCAAAGGCUCCUAAUCCCAAGGAGAGAGUAGCACGGCGUUUUGGAAAAAGUUACACCUGUGAUGGCUGUGGAUUUGUAUUCAGCUGUGAAAAGUUGUUGGAUGAACACAUGUUAACGUGCACAAAUGCACAUUCCUUUCAGAAAUUAAAGGCCGACUGCACUGAAAAGACUGACCUUAAUAAAUCUGAGUCACUGGUUUCCAUAUCUUCUCUAGCUCGAGCAGGGCGAUAUUUGAGAGGCAAAAAUCGGAUUACAGAAGCGCAAAUCACAUUGACAGAAAACAGUUUAAAUAACCAUUCAGUAACUGAAAGACUGAGUAAGGACAAUGAUAUAUCUGAAGAGAAGAAUGCAGUGGUUAUUAAGGUUGAGCCAGAGGAUGUACCAGCUGCAGAUCUCUCUGAUAUUAAUGUUGUUAAGGUCCCUAAUAAUGACAGUGAUGAUUCAGCAGAAAAUGAGGACUUUGAAGAUGAUGAUGAGGAAGAGGAUGAACAUGAACAUCAGUUUGAAUUUUAUGCUGAUGAAGAGGUUUCUGGAAAGAGUGUAGAAGAAAGCAUGAAAAUAGAGUUUCCCAACAAGUCAGAUAGUAAAGAAAGAGACAAUGUAGAUGAAAGGAAUGUAGAUAACACCAGUAAAGUUUUAAUCAAUCAGUCUUGUGAGCUGUGUGGUAUGGCUCUGCCAGAAGAUGACCUGUCUUCUCACUAUAUAUCUAGUCACAUUGGAAGUAUAUGUGCUUGUGGUAAAUGUGGCCAAAUUCUGGUUAAAGGUAGGCAGUUGCAGGAACAUGCAGAGACAUGUGGUGAACCACAGGAUUUAGCAGUGAAUGGUUAUGGAAAUGAAGACCCCAAAAAUGCAUGUAGAAUCAGCAGUGCUGAACAAUUUGUAGAAAGAUUCAGUGCAAUAAAAAAGACUGGCAUUUCAAGCAUGCCAGAAGACACAGGUAGUAAUUUUAAAACUAAGAGCUUGUUAAAGAGCCAAAUAUAUAAGCACGUGGCAUGCCCCUAUCGUUGUCCACAUUGUGGGCAGCGUUUUGAAACAGAAUCUCUUUUUAUGGAUCACAUGCCACAUUGCAUGGAGCAAGAUAUAUUCAAAAGUGCUGCUGCAGAAGAUCACGAAAAAGACCACAGAAGAAAGCAUUUUUGUAACAUUUGUAGCAAGGGGUUUUACCAACGGUGCCAUCUAAGAGAGCAUUAUACUGUUCAUACAAAGGAGAAACAGUUUGUUUGCCAGAUUUGUGGAAAACAGUUUUUAAGGGAGCGUCAGCUGCGACUUCACAAUGAUAUGCACAAAGGGAUGGCUAGAUACAUUUGCCCCAUCUGUGAGCAGGGAAAUUUCAGAAAGCAUGACCAUGUUCGCCAUAUGACAUCUCAUUUGUCAGCUGGCCAGACCAUAUGCCAAGUCUGUUUUGAGAUAUUCACAAACAGUGAGGAACUACAACAACAUAUGGAUAGUCACCUGUAUGUUUGUGGAGUUUGUGGGGCAAAGUUUAAUCUGAGAAAAGAUAUGAGGCACCAUUAUAAUGUAAAACAUUUAAAACGAAUAUAAAAUGCAUAUUCGGUUUCAGAAAGCAUAAAACCAAAGCAGUAUCACACUGUAAAAUGUGAUGGAAGGAGUACUAUUUUUGACAAAUAGGACUCCUGAUUUAUGUCCUUGAAAGCAUAUACAGAGCCUAUACUACAUAUUUAUCAUAACUUUGUGUAUGUAACUCUAAAACAGUUUAUCUGUGCUUUUAGUGUUGUAAAGAAUGUUACAUUUGCAAAAUUUUUCACUUUUUCCUUAACUGUCCUAGUUCUAAAAGCAACAAAGACUAUUGCAUAAUAAUAAUCACACCAUUUUAUUGUUUACACAAGCUGCAUGGACCAAAUAUCCACUGUAUGUUAGUAAAAUAAUAUAAUGACUAC